AUGGUCCCUAGCAGGAUCGAACUGCUGAUCUUGGCGUUAUUAGCACCACGCCUUAACCAACUGGGCCAAGGGACCUUAACUAUUUGA